CUCUAAACACUUCUUCCAACUAUCUCUCUGUCUCUGUCUCUCUCUCUCUCUCUCUUCCACACACGCACAUAAGGCUUUUCCAAGUCUUAUUAACGUUCAAAGACGCAUACGAUCGCACGCUCAAAUACUUUGCUUCUUUAUAUAUUAUAUAUAUCUUUCACUACUUAUAUAUAUUUUCGUGCACACACACAUACACACACACACACACAUACACACAGACAUACACACACACACACAAGGCCUCAAAUAAACCGCCGAUAUAUAGGCAGUUGAUAAACACAACUUCAUACAUAAGUGCACAAGCUCAAAAACACAGCACAUUAUACAUAUAUCUCUCUCUCUAUAUAUAUAUAUCAUACACACACAUGUGUGUGUACAUAUUCUAUUAGUCUGAUGACUACGAGAGAGAGAAAGAGGCAGACAGAUGAUAGAGUGUGUGUGUGUGAUGUGCUGUUGUUGUAUAUGAAGUAAGUUUAAAUUCCCAGCCCCCAUCGUGUGUGUGUGUCUGUGUGUAUUCCUGGCGCUCAUUAGCUAUCUCUCUGCAUCUCAAAGCCUCGCUUGCCAUCGUCCUCGUUGUCCCCACGCUACGGCUUUGCCUUGUUACUUAUACUUACACUUGUCUUCUCCACAUUACGGAUUUAAAAAAAACCAAAAAAAAAAACAAAAAAAAAAACAAAAAAACCAACAACAUCCCAAAACAAAAACAAAAAUAGAGAAAAAAAAAAAAAACCGAAAAAAUUAUUUGCCAAAGAUGACGACGGAAAAAGCGAAUACGAAAGCGGCUUCGACGAUUCUUAGAAGAAAGGACACCGACUUGCAACAGAAAAUUGAUCAUGAAAUCAAAAUGAGAGAAGGGACCACCAAACUAUUGGCUGCAGCCAAAAACCCAAGCCAGAAGCUGGAAGCAUCAAAGAAUCUGAUUACAACUAACUCUCGUAUCAUCAAUUACAUGAGAGAGCUACAGCGACGCACUACUGCUGAAGUAAUGGGGAAAACUUUGUGCGUCGAAGGAAACCAAACCCCUUGUAAAAGCCAGGUGAGCGUUUCAGAUAUCAGAAUUCCUCUCAUGUGGAAAGAUACAGAUCAUUUCAAAAACAAGGGAGAUCAUCGUCGUUAUGCUGUGUUUUGUUUGGUUAAAACUGGGAGCGAGAUAUACGAUACCAGCUUGAUAUCAAAUGUUGACCGUAGCAUGACAGAUAUAUCAUUUGACGAUGUCAUUGUAUUUGACAAUGUCCCUUGUAACUUUGAAUGUACCCUAGAGGUCUACUGUCACAAAUUACACGAAGACCUCACCAUUGCUAGCACACCAAAGAAAAUCAGAAAGAAGUUUAAUGAUUUCUCAGGCUCUGUCGGACGAAACGUUGGCAAGAGGUUAUCUGGAUUGAGUGAUGCUGACAUAAUUGGUAACAUGGUGCUGGGCCCAAAGUUUGAUUUGGUUACCACCAGUACUCUGUCCCUUUCUGAUGCAGAUGACACCGUACGAACAUACGACUUAACCAUGGAACCUACAGCAGAUGGCAAUAUCUAUGAAUUACCGUUUUUUGGUCACUACUGCUGUCGGUUGGCUGUGUUACCACAUUGCUUAACAAGGCCUGCAAUGACUGGUCACCUCAAUCUGUUGGUGGAUAGAGAAAGGAACAAACAGAAGCGCUACUGGUGUGUACUGAAGAAUUUGGAGCUGGCCUGCUUUGCUUCACCUCAGGAUGAGAAAACUGCACGACCUCAUCUCUGUAUCCCUGUAACAAAAAAUACCCAGGUGUCAGAUGCUGAUCCACGCAUAUUCCAAAAUCCUCACACAUUCCAUGUUACAACCAAGACCGACAUAAGCGUGUCCGAUCAUGUACUCUCAGCAGACAGCAAGCAUGACUUUGAGAAUUGGUGGGAUGGUUUCCAGCAACACCUGCUCGAUCAAGCUGCAUGGAAACAUGCUACAGAACAGAUGAUGUUGGUCCAGAAGGCAUCACCACUAAAUCUCCCAUUAUUCUUGCGUAAGAGCUCCCUCUAUGAUGACACACCCAUUGAAGACCCUGAGCACACCUGUGAUCCCUUAGGAAACUCUAUUGAAGACACUGAACUCUCACAGAUGAUAUGUUCGUUAAUGCAUGAGGCACAGCAGAUCCGUGGGGACGGGAAGUGAUAGCGGAAAGAGACAGGAGACCUGUUCCCAUUGUUGUAGUGGACAGGUACUACUCUGGUCAUCGGACUGAACAGGACACUCUCCUUUCCCAUCCUCUCUCUUUCUCUCUCUGUCUCUGUUCUGUGUGGUGUGUGUGUGUGUGUGUGUGUGUGUGUGUAAGGUUAUUGAAUUAAAUAUGACUUAUAUUUUUCUUCUUUCCUCCCAUCACUCCCUCUCCCCAGAGCAAUGAAGCAAAUAGGCCGACCGACCUUUGUAACCUAUGAAUGCAUGCGAGUAACAGAGAGAGAAAAGGGAGAGUCAGAGAGAGAGAGAAAGAAAGAAAAAAGAGAGAGGGCUUAUUAAAGAAUAUAAGAUGUGUGAGGAGAAAAACAAAUUUUUUUUUAAAGACAGGUCAAAAUGGAGUGUCAAAAUGGUGGCUAGAAUACGGUGUGACUAAAUUAAGUGACGAUGACAACAACAAAGAGAGCCCCGCCCCAAAAUAUGUAUUUUAACAAAUCAAUAAUUAAAUGAAUAGAUACUCUUGUAAGAAUAAUGGUGGUAACGAGAUAUACAAAGGGCCUUACUUAUAAAUGGAGAUGGAUCUGGAGUUGGCGGAUUUUAGCAGUGGUGGUCAUAUAUGGAUAGCGACAGAUCUGGGACCAUUGGUGGCCAUAUAUGGAUACAGACAAAUCUGGAGUCACUGCUUACACCACAAAAAUGGCUGUCUCUGGAGUUGGCGAUUUUUACCAAUGGUGGUCAUACUUAUAAAUGGAGAUGGAUCUGGAGUUGGUGGAUUUUAGCAGUGGUGGUCAUAUAUGGAUAGCGACAGAUCUGGGACCAUUGGUGGCCAUAUAUGGAUACAGACAAAUCUGGGGUCACUGCUUACACCACAAAAAUGGCUUGUCUCUGGAGUUGGUGGAUUUUUUACUAAUGGUGGUCAUACAUGGAUUGCAACAGAUCCGAAUUAGUGGAUAGACCACAAGUGAUUUAUAAUAUUAUGCUGGCUACAAUGGAUUUUUAAUGACAGGAAUGUCUGGAAUUAGUGGGGUUUGCUGUUCAUGAAUACUUCUUGUUUUUACUUCCUCACUACGAAUUUUUAGCUCAUUUCAACCCACCCCUUUUUCCUGUUUCUUUGUGUGUGUGUGUAUAUGUGCGUGUGUGUGUGUGUUUUUGUGUGACUGACUGUGUGGUGCAUGUAGUUGUAAGCUUUUAUUAAAAUCAAGUUCCAUGAUAC